CCUAACAAAACAACAUGUAUAUCCCAUCCUUCACAUCCUCAAUUAUAAAUACACACUCCUCUUCUUCCAUGCUUGUCAUCCUUCAUUUCUCUCUUUCUAAACUAAACUAAAUUAAACUUCAUCUUUGUCUCUCUACAUUAAAAUUUCAUGGGUGCCUUGGACUACAUCUCCAACAUAUGCAGUGUUACAGACACAAAGAGAGCAUUGAAACUCAAGAAAAGGAAGCCUUUCCAGACAGUGGAGUUGAAGGUUAAAAUGGACUGUGAUGGCUGUGAAAGAAGAGUGAAGCAUGCUGUUAGCUCCAUCAAAGGAGUGACAUCUUAUGAAGUAAACCGAAAACAAAGUCGAGUAAUUGUAACAGGGCAUGUCGAUGCGAAGAAAGUGAUAAAUAAGGUGAAGAGCACCGGAAAGAGAGUCGAGCCAUGGCCGUAUGUCGAACAUAACCUUGUUUAUCAUCCUUAUGUUGCUCAAGCUUAUGAUAAGAGAGCACCUUCAGGUUUUGUUAGAAAUGUAGUUCAAGCUCUCCCAAACCCUGAUGAAGAGAAGUUUACUUCAUUCUUCAGUGAUGAUAACCCUAAUGCUUGCUCUAUCAUGUAAUAUAUAGCAUGCAUAUGCACCAUGCAUGCAUGAAUGAAUGAAGUUGUUAAAGA